AUGUAUAAGCUCUCAAGCACACUAUAUGGACAUGAUGACGACGUAAAAGCAUUGUCAAAUUUAGGGGAAGACACAAUCAUCUCGGGUUCGAGAGACUCAACCGUCAGAAUUUGGAACCGGCUGGAUAAAGAGAAUACCAAAGAUUUUAGUUCUUCGAUAAUCAAUUUGAAAACAGAAGGAUUUGUUAAUUCCUUAGCUAUAUAUAAUUAUCAAAGUGAAUUAUUAAUUGUUAGCGGUGGUAAUGAUAACAUGGUUCAUCUAACUUCUCCUAACUCUGUUUUUACGGAUUCUGAAGAGUAUUGUUUUAUUGGGCACACUGCAAACAUUUGCACUUUGGAUACGUAUGAAAAUUUAGUUUUAAGUGGUUCUUGGGAUUGCACUGCUAAGGUAUGGAACAAAGAAACCGGAGCUGUGUUAUAUGAUCUAAGAGGGCAUGAAAACUCUGUUUGGGGUGCUAGAUUUUUAAAUGAAAAUGAGUACCUCACCUGCGGUGCAGAUCGAACAGUCAGGAAAUGGAGUAAGGAUAAGCAAGUGAAAUGCUUUAUUGCCCAUGACGAUGUUGUCCGUGAUUUAUUAUUACUACCCAGUGGCGAUUUUGUGACAUGUUCAAAUGAUACCACCAUUAAGAUUUGGGAUGGCGUUACAUUUGAUUUGAAGGCAACACUAGUUGGGCAUCAAAGUUUUAUAUACUCAAUCGGAUUAACGUCUACUGGUGAUAUUGUCAGUUGUGGCGAGGAUCGGUCAAUACGGAUUUGGAGAAACUAUCAAUGUAUUCAGGUGAUUGUUUUGCCAUGUAUCUCUGUAUGGAAGGUAAUGGUUUUACCUAAUGAUGAUAUAGUCACUGCUUCUUCAGAUCGAUUAAUUAGGAUAUUUACAAAUAAUGCUAGACGCUAUGCAAAAGAGAACGAAGUUUUGGCUUUUAGGAAACAGUUAGAAGAAUCAUCUAUCAGUGAAUCUGUAUUGGCUAAUGUUAACAAACAGGCUCUACCUCCUUUGGAAUCGUUGGACACUGAUCUCCCAACAAUUGAGGGAGAAACCAGAAUGGUUAAGUCAGGCUUUGAUAUUUUGAUCUAUCAAUGGAGUGUGGGGAAAUGGCUCAAAAUUGGACAAGUUGUCAACGGUGCAUCAUCUAAUCAGAAACAAUUAUAUAAUGGGAAAUACUAUGACUACUUGUUCAAUAUUGACGUUGAGGAUGGUCAACCGCCUCUAAAAUUGCCAGUGAACAUUAGCGAUAAUCCUUAUGAAGUUGCAGAUAAGUUUCUAGCGACGAAUGAUUUACCCCAAAGUUAUCAACAACAAAUAGUUGAAUUUAUUUUACAGAAUACCGAAGGUAUGAAUAUGGAUACCAAACCAACAGAUCUGAGAUACGGAUCAACUCCCAAAUCUGAAGGGCUCAUUCCCCAAACUCAAUAUUUGGCAUUUGAGAAGAUGGAUAUCCCUAAACUAAUUAGCGCUUUCAACAAGUUGAACGGAAAACAAUCUGAAGGUAAUAUACUAUCGGGGUUUGAAACACUGAUCAACUGUGAAGAUUACACCGAACUACACCACUUAGCAUUAGAGAUCAUCAAGAGAUGGGACCAGGAUUCGAAGCUAUUAGGAUUUGAUAUCCUAAGAUGUAUUAUCACUAAAAUUCAACCCAGCGAAGAGUUAUUUCCCAUUAUAAGGUCCGGAUUGGAAAUGGAGAAUCCAAAGGUACAAAUGAUGGCUGUUAGAAUUUUAGUAAAUACUUUUAAGUGCAAGGGUUGGGGUGAACAGGUAAUGUUAGAUGAGGAUAUUUUAAGUAUUAUAUUCACAGAGGGAUUAUUUGACAAUUUGGCGAAUAAGAUUGCCUUAUUACCGACUACUAUUGCAACUUUAAUUUUAAAUUAUUCAGUACUGACAAACAAAUAUCAGUUAAUCAACUUUCAUAAGAAACUAUUGAUCAUUAUUUCGAAAUUACUCAAAUAUCCAGCUAUACUAGAUAACGAUGAAUCUUCUUACAGGUUAUUAGCAGCUAUUGGCACAUUAGACCACAUGAAAUCAAUUGAAAAUAAGGCAGAAUACUUAUUAGCCUUUGCAAAUAAGGAUGAAGAGAGAUUCAGCAUUCUCAGGAAUGAAAUCUCCUAA